UUCCCCAAGGACUGUCUGCUUGUUGAUCGUCCUCAGUCGUGCGCAAAUCGCGACUUCCCGUGCUUGUCCAAUCUUUUUAUCCGACUUGGUUCGCGCUUCAUUCCCGCGGGCACUAGCUGGUCUUUAGUCGGACCAACGCUCCUUUGUCUAUAUCCCCAAACACUCCUUCGUAUUCAUGUCGAUCAAUUAGAGAAAUGCCGGCGAAAUCGCGUUUCACAAGGCUAGAUGCCUUUGCUAAAACAGUGGAGGAUGCGCGCGUCCGCACCACCUCCGGAGGUGUCAUCACCAUAGCCUCGUUGCUGGUCAUCCUGUGGCUUGUGUGGGGUGAAUGGGUGGAUUACAGGCGGGUGGUUGUUAUGCCCGAAUUGGUGGUAGAUAAGUCAAGAGGCGAGAAGAUGGAGAUCCACCUGAACAUGACCUUCCCCCGUCUACCCUGUGAGCUCCUGACUCUGGACGUCAUGGAUGUUUCUGGUGAGCAGCAGACCGGUGUUGUCCACGGUAUCAACAAGGUGCGCCUUACUUCUGCCGCAGAAGGAGGCCGCGUCAUCGACGUUAAGGCCCUUGAGCUUCACUCCAAGGAAGAGAGCGCCAAGCAUCUCGACCCUGAUUACUGCGGUGAAUGUUACGGCGCGACAGCUCCCGCGGGUGCAAGCAAACCUGGAUGCUGCAACACCUGCGACGAAGUCCGUGAGGCCUAUGCACAGCAACAAUGGGCAUUCGGAAAGGGCGAGAACGUUGAGCAGUGCGAGCUUGAGGGCUACGCGGAGCGCAUCGAUGCGCAACGCCGUGAGGGCUGCCGCCUUGAGGGUGUCCUCCGUGUGAACAAGGUGGUCGGUAACUUCCACAUUGCUCCGGGUCGCAGUUUCACCAGCGGAAACAUGCACGUCCACGACCUCGCAACCUUCUUCGACGCCGAAUUGCCCGAAUCUGAGAGACACACCAUGACUCACGAGAUCCACCAGCUGCGGUUUGGACCUCAGCUUCCCGACGAGCUCUCUGAUCGCUGGCAAUGGACUGACCACCACCACACCAACCCUCUGGACAACACCAAGCAGGAGACAAACGAGCCCGGCUACAACUACAUGUACUUCGUCAAGGUGGUGUCGACCUCUUACCUUCCCCUGGGUUGGGAUCCGUUGUUCUCGUCCUCCAUCCACUCCGCGUACGAGCAGGCCCCUCUUGGCUCCCACGGAAUUGCCUACGGUGCUGAGGGCAGCAUCGAGACGCACCAGUACUCUGUGACCUCGCACAAGCGCUCGCUGAUGGGCGGAGACGCCUCCGAUGAAGGCCACAAGGAGCGUCUGCACGCCGCCAACGGCAUUCCAGGAGUCUUCGUCAACUACGACAUCUCCCCCAUGAAGGUCAUCAACCGGGAGGCCCGCCCCAAGACCUUCACCGGUUUCUUGACUGGUGUGUGCGCCAUCAUCGGUGGUACCCUGACCGUCGCGGCAGCCCUAGACCGUGGUCUCUACGAGGGUGUCAGCAGGAUGAAGAAGCUCCACUCGAACUGAGCGUAGAGCAAGCAAAAACCCGAAAAUAAUUGAAAAAAAAGUAAACCGAACACCAAAGCCACAACCCACUAAACAGAAACGAAAACAAACAGACCCCAUGGAGAGCGUUGUAUGGAGUAUAGGGGCAAGAAGCCAGACAGAAAGACAGGGGGAGCGAAAGAGCAAGAUAGGACGGAUGAAAGGGAGAACUCCGGAAGUUCAGGCGUUACAUUUAUUACUCACCUACAUUGAUUGCAUUUCUGAUCCAUUUUGAUCUUGGUCGGGGGAAAACUCAUUGAUACACCUAUUAUUUUGCCUUCUAUAUCAUUGGUACUAUUAUUUGGGUUUACUUGUUUUUGUUUCCAUAAGACACAUAGCAC